AUGCCUCCCAAGAAAACUAAUCAACAAUCAGAUAAAUCAAAACAAAAAGAUAAACAAAAGAUUGUUGAGGACAAGACCUUUGGUUUAAAAAAUAAAAAGAAAUCUGCCAAGGUCCAACAACAAAUCAAACAGAUUCAAAAUCAAGUGAUGCAGCCAGGAAAUAACAAAGCACUGGUACCGUUUGGCGUCGACCCUAAAACUGUAUUAUGUCAAUUUUUUAAAGCUGGUCAAUGUCAAAAAGGUGAUAAAUGUAAAUUUUCUCAUGAUAUGGCGGUAGAAAGAAAAAGUACAAAGAUUGAUCUGUACACUGAUGCUAGGGCUGACGAAGCAAAAAAAAAUGACACGAUUGAUAAAUGGGAUCAGAAAAAAUUGGAAGAAGUUGUUACGUCAAAACAUGGUAAUCCUAAAACAACAACAGAUAUUGUAUGUAAAUAUUUCUUGGAGGCAAUCGAAAAUCAAAAAUAUGGAUGGUUUUGGGAAUGUCCAAAUGGAGGAAAAGCUUGUAAAUAUAAACACGCUCUUCCACCAGGGUUUGUGCUCAAGAGCAAAAAAGUUAAGGAAGAAGAAAUCGAUGAGAUAACGCUCGAAGAAUUUUUGGAAACUGAAAGUUUUACAGAAUGGAAGAAAAAUCGUAAAGCCAAACAAGACGCAGACAAGGAACUUAAACUUGCUGCCAAAGAAGCUGCAUUCAAGGCAGGGAAAUCACAAGGAAUGUCAGGUCAUGACGAAGUCGAUGAUAAUGACAGUGAUAAUACAGAAGAACAUGAAGGAGAACAAUUAGUAUAUGGCCAAGAAGCUGUUGAUGAAAAUGAGAAUAGGUCAGACAAUCCUUAUGGGGAAGGUGGCAGCAAAGAUAACGACGAUGAUGAAUAA